UCGGGAUUCACGACAAGUUCCAGCUCAGCUCAGCUCAGCUUAGCUUGCAUCUCUCAGCUGCUCGCCCAUCCUCGGACACCAUGCCAGCUCCCACAUCAGGCGCGUCGGACGCCGCCAAGCCGUUCGACAUUGUCGCAACCUACAAUGAGCUGCUCCGCUCCGACCCGGACUUGACGAUGCCAAUUGCGGCCAUCGAAGCUUUGGUCCUCCUCCUUACACACUCCCCCUCGUCGACGAUAUCCGAGACGCUCGACCUGCUUGAGAAAUCCACCGCACACUUGAAACAGUCCAUCCCCAACCCCAUUGGCCUCUCUGCCGGAACCGACCUCUUCCAGCGAUACCUCAUCACGACUCUGCAGCGACCGGGCCAACUCGGACCGGCGGGCGAUUUCAAUGCGAUCAGGGCGCAUCUGUUGUCGAACGGGCGGCUGUUCAUCCGACGUGCGAAGGAGAGCCGAGACAAGAUCGCGGCGUUUGGAAGAGGGUUCGUCCGGGACGGAAGCACAGUGUUGACGAAUGGUGGAUCGCGAGUGGUGGCGUCGCUGCUGCAGAAGGCAGCGGACGAGAAGGGAGGCCCGUCGGCCGUGCGCUUCCGAGUGAUCUACGUCCUGUCGUCCGCCAAGCACGACGUCGACAGCUCUGGCGAGCCGGAGGGAAUGCAAAUGGUGCGCGCGCUCCGGGCGAAGGGCGUUCCGGUAGCGACGAUCCCGGAGUCUGCCGUGGCGUAUGCCAUGGGAAAGGCCGACAUUGUCAUCGUGGGUGCCGAGGGUGUGGUUGAGAACGGAGGAAUCGUGUCGCGGAUGGGAACCUACCAGAUCGGUCUUCUUGCGAAGGCCAUGGACAAGCCGUUCUACUGCGUGGCGGAGAGUCACAAGUUCGUCCGCAUCUACCCGCUCGGACAGUACGAUCUGCCCAUCGAACAGCGCGUGAUCGACUUCAAGACGGAGGAAGAAGUGGCCGACGAGGCGAAGCAGCAGCAAGCGGCCACGCCCGCAGUCAGGCCCGUGAACUCGGCGGACAGCUCGGACGUGGUUGACUUCACACCGCCCCAUCUGAUUUCCGCGUUGAUCACGGACAGCGGUGUCCUGACGCCGAGCGCGGUCAGUGAGGAGUUGAUUAAGAUAUGGUUCUAGUUUUGUUUUUCCGACUCUGUGCCCGGUACUCUCCCGACAGAUAUGGAGUGCAGGGCUUGCGAUGUUUUCUAAAAAUGAAUGAAGCGGAUUGGCGUUAAGGUCAUGAUAUAUCCGGACGCUCAGGGCGUUUGUCGGCUUGAAAUGUUGUGUCCGCAAAUCUCAAAAUUCAAUAGACUAAUGACUCGACUUGAGUCUUGAAAGAUCUGGCCCAUCGAUUGCCGUGGAGAUCGUUU